UCUCUGUGUGAGGCGUUAAAAGCUAUUAGUGUGAGUACAGAGCUGAUUGAAGAAGAGCUCAAGCCUCAUUUGGAUACAGUGCUGGCUGCGCUGCUAGAAAAGAAGAAAGAUGCUGCUAUCGACGUUGCCAAAAGUGGGAUUCUACCCAUACUGGCUCAGGCCCUACAGAGAAAAAGCAGUCUGAGCUGCCAGGUGGCUUUGGUGGUGGCAGAGAUGGCCCGAGAAGCUGCAGUGAGGGAGCCAUGCAUCGAGGCAGGCCUGGUGAAGGUGUUGGUUCCCCAUCUGAACAGCGAUAACCAAGAAAUGCUGCUGAACUCUGGCAGGGCCAUCGGGCGCAUCUGCUUUGACAACUCAUACCAGCAGGACCAGUUGGUCCAGAGUGGUGUAAUCCCCAGACUCGUUUCCAUAAUGAGGGCGUAUCCUGACAACGAUCCACUGGUCAACGUCUGUCUGCUGGCCUUGUGUAACCUGGCAGACAUGGACUCUGCAAGGGAGGCGCUGGCACAGCUGGAUGUUGCAGAUGUACUGAUAUUUCAGCUGAAACAGGCCCCUGAUGCUGAACGCCGACAUGUCAUUUUGGAAAUACUGGGCUCUCUGGGAGAGAGCGAUACUCUGAAACUACAGUUUGCAGAGUCAGGAGUCCCAGAAGCUUUAUCCGAGAUGAUUCGGAGUCUGCAGGGAGGGUCUGACCCACAUGACCUCUGCAGCAUCAAGAUUGCCUCCAACCUAAUGGUGUCCCUGCUUUUAGGGGAUGAGUCCAUGCAGAAGUGUUUUGGUGAAGGAUCAGGUCUGGUGUACCAGGAUGUUCUGUCAUGGCUCCAGAGCUCCAACACCCAACUGCAGCUAUCGGGAGCGCUGGCCAUCGCCAACUUCGCCAGGAAUG